AGGGUCUAGUAUGCUGUUGUGUCUCCUCUUGGUCACUGUCAUCGUCCAACAAUAUACUGGGAAUGUUGUUGCUGCUGCUGCCAUUAUGGACACUCGGAUGUCGCAAGAUGCGUGCUAGGGACGUUUUGCCCACUCCCGAACACCCCGCAAUCAGCACCAACGGAACGGUGCGGUCGGCCAUCAUUGUUAGGGGAGUAUUGUCGUCGUCUUGCUUUGGAGGCAAAUAGCGUCGAAAGAUGUGUACGAGUUUGUCGCGUUCCUUCCAUCGUCCAAAGAGUCGUCCAUGGGCUCGUGCCGUAUGCAAUUGUUCGGAUAUUCUUCGUUCGUACUUGUUCUUGUUGGGUUUUGGAAAGCGGGGUGUUUUGGGGAGCGCUGUAGCCGUGUGAAUGGUAAUGGGUGUCGGUCGGUCCAACUUGGUUUCUUCUCUCUUUGCUGCCACAAAGGCUUCUUCCUGGGGUCCAGUCUUAUGAGUAUUGUUGUUAUUGUCAUUAUGUUGUUGCUGCUGUGCACAAUCUGUCUCGGAUUGCUUCUUUUCUUCUGCCAGAUUCGGUGGUGGUUCUUCGAGACUGCUGCUUUGCUGACGAAUGAGCUGCUUGAGUGCCUUGGAAAUUUUACCCCGUGCCUUUUUAUCCCCCAUGUCCUUGUAAAGGGGAUGCCUUGUAUCUGACUCUUUCACUAAGAAUCGUCCGGGAGGUUUCUGCUGCCUCCACUCUUUCAGAAUCUUGAGAGAUACCAACGGCUUUUCCAGGUUGCCGGCCGUGUCGUAGGCUUGACAGUGGGCCGCCAACAAGUCUCGAAAUCGUUGGUUCCCUUGCAGUUCGUCUUGUUCUCCUGCCAAUGCUACCGAAUCCUCGGAAUGACUACUGCUCAGGCGUCCCAACGUCUUGGACCUCCAAGGCACGGAUUCUUGGUGGUCCGUGUGGGCGUCACUGCCAUCCAGGUUGCUGCUGGCUCCAGCGUCUACUACUGCCAUAAGACGGUCACUCCAAAGAACAUCGUUGCAAGGAUGAGGUUCGGAGAUUUUGUGGAGCGGCCAAUUCUCGUGGUCACUUUCACCACCAAGGUGGCUCUGAUGCUGCUCAUGAUGCUCAUGAUUCUCCAUCGUCGUCUUCUGGCUUGUGGAUGGAUGUUUUGAAAUGUGCUGGAGAAUAAGAGGAGGAUCAAGUCGUGGUACCGCCCAGGAUACCCCACGAAUGAGAUUACUCGACUCUUGGGUAGCUGAUAGCACCACCAACGAUGAUGGAAAACCCAAUAGUGCCGUCUCUACCGCAUAAAUGUUAUCCAGCUAGCUAGCUAUAGAUAAUACCUUUGGCUUUUGUUUCCUCGACAAUUGAGGCACUGGCCUAGGGCUGGCUGACAGUGGAGAGAUGAAAUAGUUUGUGGUGUUCACUUUCCGUUCCUUCUCGUCUUCGUUGUUGCUGCAAUGUAGCUGCAGAAGGGAUGGGGUUAUCCGCCAUGACGUCAUCCUCGUAAACUACACGUCACUUCAAUUGUCUUCCGAGGAAUAUCAGUCCAGCUAGCUUUUUAGAAACCAAGCAAAAUGUGAGACCGGUUUGCGUUUUUGCCGGUCCUGCCAUGCCGCUGAACAAACAUCCUGGAUUGACCCAAGCUAGCAUGAAACCAAACCACACCAUCCACCAUGGAUGUCUGGGUUCACUUUGCUGCCGGAUGGAGGUUUUGGCACAGAGCCAUAAACUUUGUCAUUCUCGUUGCAUGCUUCCAUUAUUAGUAUUGCAACCGAAACACCACCCACACACCAAACAUGGCACCCAAACACAAUGACAAUGACGUGCUCGUGGAGCUACGUCCAAACAAAUCGACCGCAGAGUCCGCCAAUGCCAGCACUAGUAGUAGCACUGGAACGUCCAAUCCAGACGACUUGGAUACCCGCGGCGUGAGCGUCUACCACUUGCAACACGUCUUUCUUGAGAAAGAAGUGUGCCGCACGACCAAAAAGUCGUUCCCAUGGUCUCGUCAGCGCCGCCACAAGACCCUUUCCAGAGCUUCUACUAUCCAUGACAUUGAGAAUCUCCAUCAAGGUACGCUUCCGGGAGGAGUCAUUCGCAACAAGGGAGCCAACACUAUCUGCCCCAUCGACGGGAAAAUGGGUGCUGCCUAUGUCCACUGCCUCCAAGGCAAAGACCGUGUCGGAGAGGCAACUCACAUGCUCAGCUAUUCAUCGAGCUACACCAUUGCAGAGAUUGUGGAUACCCUCACUGGCUUUUGCUGCCAAAACAACCUCAAUCCCAAGAGGACCUAUAUCUGGAUGUGCUGUCUUUGUGUCAACCCCCACAGGGUUGCUGUAGAGAAUACCAUCACCGCAGACAAGUCGGGAAGGAGGAAAGCUCCUUCUGUUGACUUUGUUGCCACCCUUGGUGAAAGAGUCAAAAAGAUUGGACACUUGUUGGCCAUGAUAUCUCCCUUGUCUGCACCAGUGUAUCUCACUCGAGUCUGGUGCAUCUUUGAAAUCUUUACCGCUCACACCACCCAUGGUUGCAAGGUGGACAUUCUCAUGCCACCAAAAGAAAAGCUUUCUUUGGAGCAGGAUCUCGUCCAGGGUGGAGCUGGUGUAAACUCGUUGUAUGAGAUGAUUGGAAACAUCCGAGUGGAAGAUGCCAAUGCCUCUUUGGAAAGUGUCAGGGAGGCAAUUCUUCAGCAAGUUGAGUCAGGUGUUGGUUGUUCCGAGCUGAACUGUCAAGUCAAGGAGUUUCUGCGUGGGUGGAUCUUGAGUAUCCUAACUCAGCUGGUGGAAGCUAGGGAGAAGACCAACGGUGAGGAAUAUGACUAUUGCAAUCAAAUUGGAUUUUUUCUUGACAAGAAUGGAGAGCAUAAUGCAGCCACCAAGGUCCACCAGACUGCCCUGACAAUUUGUGAAACCAACUUGAACAAGAACGAUAAGAAAAAAGCUGCCACCUGCCACCUUCUGGGGCUAUCCUUGAAGAAGCAAGGUGACUACGAUGGUGCUCUGAAAUCCUUCCAGACAUGCCUUGCUAUUGCCUUGUCUGUCGUUGGCAGAAAUCAUCCACGGGUGGCAACCAUCUAUGGAAACAUUGGAUCUAUUCUGGAAAAGAUGGGUGACUAUGAUGGUGCUUUGGAAAAUUACGAGGAAGCUGUUGCCAUAAGAUUGCCAUUGUUUGGCAAGGACCAUCCCUCCAUCGCCACCACCUAUAACAAUAUGGGGGUUGUGCUGUACAAGAUGGGUGAUACUGAAGGUGCCCUAGCAAAGUACAUGGAAGCACUUGUCAUCCGCGAAUCAGCCUUGGGAAAGGAUCAUCCUGAUGUGGCAGCUACCUACAACAAUAUAGGAGCUGUGCUGCUUGCCACAGGUGAUCUUGAAGGUGCUUUUUCAAGGUUCCACGGGGCUCUUGCGAUUCGAGAGCAUGUAUUGGGCAAGGAUCAUCCCGCGGUCACUGCUACAAACAGCAAUAUUGCGGCUGCGCAGCGUCAUUCUCACACCGGUACGCAAAGGAGUGGUGCUUUCGAGUUUUCGUGGCACGAUCACACGGUUUUCGUGGAUUGCUAGCUGGAACGCAAAAGGUUAAAAGACCACACGUUAUUGUAGCCAUUUUCUUACUGUAGUAAACACCAUUGAUCUAUUUUGCCAAUUCUUCCACAGCACCCAGCCCGAGC